GAUUUAGCGUUACCAAGGCAUGUCUUGGGUCAAGUAUAAAGGGAAUAACAUGGUGUCCCAGUGGCUGUUUAUGUUUACUUAAAGAACCGGUUCGAAAAGGCGCUUUUGCGAGACACAAGAUUUUUUUUAUAGUUCCACCGUUUCUUUUUCACUUUGAACUUUUUUUAACGUUAAGAUUUACAGGAGCAGUGGCAUGUAAAUCUCAUACUUCACUAAUGUGCCAGUCUUACAAAUGGAAAGGGGGCUUCACUUUGGAAACGUGAGCAUUUCCCUGGUGCUCCUGCUGUUGCUGAAAGCGCUCACUGGAUUCGGAACCACGCAAGCUCAGGGCUCAGCCGUCGGGGGGGAGCCGCGGUCCCUCACCCGGGGUUCAGGCGUCACCUCGGAGGAAGAUGGUGCGAGAGUCAUGGAGCGGGGCUUGGACAACGUCCGGUCCCCGGCCAUCGUAGCAGAUGUCACCGUGGAGGACGACGAGAACGGGCCGGCGGCGGAGGCCGACGAACCAUCGGGAGAAAGUAACGGGGACUUCCAACCGUCAAGGUCUCUGGUGAUCAUCAGCACCCUGGACGGCCGGAUCUCUGCUCUGGACCCUCACAACCAGGGCAGGAAGCAGUGGGACCUGGAUGUCGCCUCCGGGUGCCUGGUGUCGUCCAGCCUCAGCAAACCUGAGGUGUUUGGCAAUAAGAUGGUCAUCCCCUCACUGGACGGCGCCUUGUUCCAGUGGAACCGGGACAGGGAGAGUAUGGAGGCCGUGCCUUUCAGCGUGGAGUCCCUGCUGGAUUCCUCUUACCGCAUCGGGGAGGACACCGUCCUGGUUGGGGGGAAAUCUCUCACCACCUACGGCCUGGGGGCCUACAGCGGAAAGCUCCGGUACAUCUGCUCCGCGGGGGGCUGCAGCCGCUGGGGGGACGAGGAGAUGGAGGCCGAAGACGUCCUCCUGCUGCAGAGGACUCAGAAGACCGUGCGAGCCAUCCGGCCGCGAUCAGGGAUGGAGAAGUGGAACUUCAGCGUCGGGAACUUUGAGCUGAAGCUCCUUCCCGAGACGCAGUCCGGCAUGAACUUCCUGGAGGGGGAGGUGGCGAGCGGCGAGGCCUGGAGGGAGAGCCAGCGGGUCAUUGCGGACGAACCAAAAGAGAGAGGGCAGACGGAGAACCAGCACAACCACAACCUGGACCUGGUGAUCAAGGUGUCUGUUCCCGACUGGAAGGUCAUGGCCUUCAGCACGGCGCCGCAUGGGCAGCUGGUGUGGGAACGCCAGUUCUGCACACCCAUCGCUUCGGCGUGGCUGGUGGGCGGAGGCAAAGUCACACCCAUCGCCCUGUUCGACGACAACGCCUACAGCAACCAGUCGGAGACCGAGGAGGAGGAGGAGGACGACGACUCCUCCCAGAAUGCUAGAGGAGCAGAAGAGUCCAGUGUUUACCUUGGGAUGUACCAGGGACAGCUCUACCUCCAGUCCUCAGUGAGGAUCAGCCAAAAGUUCCCUACCAAAGCGAUCGGAUCGUUGAAGGACAUCAUUCCACUCCCCAUAGUCAAGUGGAAGCCUUUAGUCCAUUCCCCGUCUCGGACACCAGCCCUGGUCGGCUCUGAUGAAUUUGACAAGUGUCUGAACAAUGACAAGUUCUCCCACGAAGAAUACAGCAACGGAGCCCUGUCCAUCCUCCAGUAUCCAUAUGACAACGGCUACUUCUUCCCCUACAGCAAGCUGUACCGCGAGAAACGCAACAGCGCCGUCAGCCUGAUAAAGGAGAGCGGGGCGGGGGGGGCGACUCGCAGGAGGAAGGACCCCGUGCUGCUGCUGCCCUGGUGGAAGGAGAUCCUCGGCACCAUCAUCUUCUGCAUCGGCGCCACCACCUACAUCGUGCGCAAGUUCUUCCACCCUCCGGCCCCGGUGGCCCACGUGAGGCAACGGAAAGAGUCGGAGACACAGUGCCAGACAGACUGCAAGUUUGACCUUGAGGUUGUGGAAUCCAAAGAGGCGGUUGCUAUGGAGACCCGCUCCAGCGAAUAUGUGUCCAGGUACCUCACCGACUUCGAGCCGGUGCAGUGCCUCGGCCGCGGGGGGUUCGGCGUUGUGUUUGAAGCCCGCAACAAAGUGGACGACUGCGACUACGCCAUCAAGCGAAUCCGUCUGCCCAACAGAGAACUGGCCCGUGAGAAGGUGAUGCGAGAGGUGAAGGCGCUGGCCAAGCUGGAGCAUCCAGGGAUCAUCCGCUACUUCAACGCCUGGCAGGAGAGCCCCCCCGAGGGCUGGCAGGAGGAGAUGGAUCAGAGGUGGCUGAAAGACGGCAGCACCACCGACUGGCCAAUGAGCUUCCUCGACCACAUGGAGGCGCUGUCCGUCAAAGUCCCCGUGUCGGGCUCGGUGCCCCCGCUGCGCGGGCCCCGAGGCGACGCCAUGGGAUCCUCUGUGGACGCGCGGUCCCUGCUCACCAGCGGCGCCGCGGGCUUCGCUGGGGACGACGGAGACCUGUCCUUCCACCCGCUGCUGGACCACGACAGCCCCACGUCAGAGCGGGACAGCCGGGCGGAGGGGGACGCCUCGGACAACCCCCACUCCUUCGAGCUGUGUCCCCCGCGCGGCGGCCCCAGCGACUGCACCUCUUCGUCCUUCGACAUCGUGUUCGAGGACUCGGGCUGCGACCGGGACGCCGAUGCCGACGCCGACAGUCACACCGACUCGGCCAGCCUGAGCACCACGACGGAGAAGAACAGCUCGUCUUCCUCGCGCACCAGGCAAUCCGUCCCGCCCUUCUCCUGCUCCCCCCCCCGGCCGACCUCCCUCAUCCUGGCGCUUCCCCCAACUCCUCAAACCCAGCGAGUGCAGCCCUCCCCCAAGGUGUACCUGUACAUCCAGAUGCAGCUCUGUCGGAAGGAGAACCUGAAGGACUGGAUGGCUCAGCGCUGCCUCCCCGAGCAGAGGGAGAACAACCAAUGUCUAGACAUCUUCCUCCAGAUUGCAGAGGCCGUCGACUUCCUGCACAGCAAGGGGCUCAUGCACAGGGACCUCAAGCCCUCCAACAUCUUCUUCACCAUGGACGACGUGGUGAAGGUGGGCGACUUUGGCCUGGUGACGGCCAUGGAGCAGGAGGAGGACGACGAGGACGAGUCGAGCGCCCUGACGCCCGCCCCGCUGCUGACCCGUCACACGGGCCAGGUCGGCACCAAGCUCUACAUGAGCCCCGAGCAGCUCUCUGGAAACUCAUACUCCCACAAAGUGGACAUUUACUCUCUGGGUCUCAUUCUGUUUGAGCUGCUGUAUCCCUUCAGGACUCAGAUGGAGAGAGUGAGGACGCUGACUGAGGUGAGAGCGCUGCGCUUCCCAGAGGCUUUCUCCAAAAACAACGUUCAGGAGCUGAGCAUGGUGCGCAGCAUGCUGUCGUGGAGCCCCGGCGAGCGUCCCGAGGCGGCUGAGAUCACGGGGACCCCCCUCUUCCAGGAGCUGGAGCUGCCUUUCCGACCGGCCAUGAGGCAGCGCUCCCGCACCUACAGCGCCUCGUCCAUGGGCCGCCCCUCGCGCCAGACCUCGGCGACCUGAAUGUCCCUGUGACGCGAUAUGAAGGCCCCCCCCCCCCCCCUCUACACCCCCUCCUCCCCUCAAGAGGAACACCUAAGCCCCCGUACAGUAAAAAAAACUUCAAAGCUUCGAGAGCGACAAAUGUGCAGGAAGUGUUUUUGCGCGAGUCCUGAACAGUGUCUCUCCCCGGCGAACACGCACGCCGUCACACAUUCACGCUCGCCAUCAUGCGCACCCUCCCCAAUUUGAAUCACAUCUUACAAGCGAAGGACUUUGUGCUAAGCUAUCAUCCGGGGGGGGGGGAAUUGUAACUAAUUGGUUGAGGCCGAUGGCCUGGUGCUCCGAGGCGACGGACCGAUAUGCUAAGAAGUGUUUGAUAUAUGAUUUGCUCGCAGACGCGCCGCUUGCUCCCAACAUUCAGCCAGUGUUCGCUCGCCCGCGCCACCCCUCAGGUAUCAAAAACCAAGAGGACACUCCAAAGGGGCCUUUGAUGCUUGAUCAUCCGGCCAGUCGACCAGUACUGAUCACUGGGACCAGCACUCUCCGGUUUUCUCACACCCUAUAUGCCUGAUUUGGGAGACCAAAAAAAACAACAACAACAACAACAUCUUUUUGUUUUCCUGUGUGUUCUUGUUAAAUGAGAGUCCGUGACGUAUUGCGUAAAGAGUUUGAGAAUCUGGAUCAUCCGACAUAAUUUGCCUUUGGAAC